GAUCUUUUAAUGUGUUGUUGUUCUGAUCGGGAUGGUUUGGUUGUUUAUAAACUGACAAACGCCUGUGAUGUAUUCUGAAAUCGAGUUAAGAAUGAGAGUACACGGAUUUUCAUCGCAAAUUAUGGAUGUAUAGGAUGUUUAAAGAAAUAAAAACAAACAGUAUGCCUGGUGGUGGAGAGUGGGCCUCUUCCGGAACUCCUCGGCCUGGACAGAAAUCUCCGAGGACGUUUGUAAUUCCGGAACACCUGAACGGGGAGCAGCUGGAGGAAAUGAUUGCAACGGCCCCUCUUGAUUUAUCGGUGUUCAGUGUGCAAUCAAAGCCGACUCGUAAUGCCGAAAGUCCUCUAGAUUUAUCGUUAAAAACUAGGAAAAGAACAGCGGAUUCUACGGAUGAAAACCAUAUACAAAUGUGUGUCUUGUCUGGUUCUAAGAGGGUUUGCCAAGGGGUUGCGGGAACACCCGAAACACCGGAUAGAUCCUUCGGUUUCCGCCAAAGUCUAUCUAGAUACGAGGAUACAAGUAACUCGUGUAAGGGGGACACUUAUAAAAGACAGCUAAGUACCGACUUUGAAGGAAAGCCAACCGUGAUCAAAAAUGGAUUUCCAUUGGACAAAUCUCCUGCUACUUCACAAAUUCAGGAACAUCAGUAUCAUUUUUUCCAACAAAAGCAACAUCAGCCACAACAACAUCAGCAUCAGCAACAUUUGCAACAGUUGAAAAUCCGUCAACAAGCCAUGCAGUCCCCACAGCCGGAUCUAACUCCACAACAGCUCUUGUCUCAGAAACAUCAACUCAUACAACAAAGACAACAAGCUUCCACACAACAGAUACAACAUUUAACGAAACAUCAGUUGUCUUCACAGCAACAGAUGUCAAAGCAUCAGUUUCCACAACAACCACCGUUGUCAACACAGCAACAACAUUCAUCAUUGCAACAGCAUAUAAGCAAACACCAACUUUCACCUCAACAACAACAGCAGCAGAAGUUGAAUCAACAGCAACUACAACAGCAGCAACAGCAGCAGCAACAACAGCAACAACAAAAGCUCCAACAACAACUUCACGGAUUCCAAAAUCAUUCCCAAUAUAUCAAACAGGAACAGAAGGCGAUAGGUCAGACCACAUCACAUGAGCAAAUUCAUUCCAAUACUUUAUUUCAACAUGAGCUGAAACGCCAAAUCAUGCGACAACAUCACCAUCAACAACAACAACAUCACCAUCAACAACAUCAACAACAGCAGCAACGUCAUCUCCGUGACGAUAUAGUUCCAGAGAGAUGUAUUCAAUCUAAACUAUCUGAAAAAGCCUCUCCUGUACUUCAAGGUUACACUCCACAGCGACCCAGAAAACAGGAACCAUCAAGUCAGCAGGGUCUCCAAGGCUGUGCAUUACGUGACAACACAAGGACAGAUAACUCUUCCCAAAACACGGACAACAGUCGACAUUUCAGUAAACAGAUGGAAUCACGUGGUUCUCAUGGACAAACAUUCACUAUCAAGCAAAAUUCGAUAGAUGCUACGGGGUUUACAAAUGAACUUACAAGAACUUCAAUUGAGAAACAAACAAAUGCGACAUAUUCCACAAGUGUUGAUAAUUCUGGAUACACGUGUCUCUCCGUUACUUCCGGUAAUCAUUCGGGCGGUAUUGUGCACGCUGGUCCAAUUGGUCCUGCUGGUUAUUCGAGCUACACCGGCCAGUCCAGCCGGACAAAUGUUCCUGGGUUCAGUCCGUCCACUAAUCUUCAGUAUUACAAUAUGAGCGGGGGUAGUAUGUCCAGACGACAGUCCCCGCACUUUGAAGCCAUUCAGCGAUGUAGUCCUGAUAGUACAAUAUCUGCAAAUUCUCCAAAGCAUUUCCAUAGCGACGCGGAGAUUUACAACGACAGAAUAAAGCAGCAUAGGGCCAUGAUGGCGACGGAUCCAUCGCGACGACUGGAACAGGGUUCAGGGUUCAAUUCUCACCUCACCCCUGCUACACAUACAUUCACCGAACCUCAUUCGCCGGCUGGUACUAAUAAUGGACAUAUAUACACACGCGAAAACUCUCCUGGAGUUCUUUCACGGGGCUCGGCUUCAUCGUAUAGAGGACAUUCGCCCUCCGCCAUUCGCCAACUUUCUGUGCAGUCAAAGACUGGAUCACGUGGUAGUUCGCCAUCAGGUGGGCGUAAUAUAUUACCUUAUCUAUCGCACUCACUGAGUCCCCUUGUACACAGUGCCAUGUCUUCUCCCGUGGUUCCCGUGUCUCGUGUCGAGAGAUCUAUCAUCAGGGGCACGAGUGGUGUGUGUAAAACUCCGUCUAGCGACAAUCAAGAUAUUCAUUCCAACACAAAUGUCUGUGAUACUAAAACGAAUUUACAAAAUUCGGUUUUGAAACAUUCUUCAGUGCAGCGAACUAUUCCAGACCGCCCUGGUACCGUUGCCUCUUCACCGUCCGAUUCGUUAGAUCCUGUUGUGUGUAUUAAAGAAGAGAAAGCGUUCUCCGUACCCAAACAACUUCCGGUACAUAGACCUGUCACCAAUAGCGAGAAAACUCUACAAUGUGAUAUAAAAAAGGAAAAAGACAACCAGUGCCAAACAGCUAGUGGUAGCGAUGCUCGGAAGACGGAAGAGCCCGAAAUUGAGAGAUAUACAUACCCUCUCACGAUAGCUAUUCCAGGAAGUGUGGCUACAACCUCGGUAAAUCAAUCUGUCCAGUCGUGUGCAAAGGAAACCAAGUCAGAGACCGUCGUAGUAAAAGCUCCACGGCCAUAUUCCAAGAAGCAGAUCAUCAUGAACGCUGUAAAUAAUGAUGAAUGUUUGAAAAAAAUCGUGAACACAAUUUCUACUCCUAAAACUAAACCUGUCCAAUAUGCAACAACGGACACUCAUUUAAAUCAGAGCAGUUUCCAGAAUUCUUCCCCUACUUUCCCCGAGUCCCCAAAGAUGCCAACUCUGAGUCCACAACAGAAGUUGUCGCCUGCCAUGGUAUCGCCACUUAUAGGUGAACCCCCAACACUUGAUCCACCAGACGUGUCUUCACAGCGCAUGCGUCUAGAACAAGGCUCGAAAAUAUCAUUGAUACGGAAGUUUUCUGUGGGAGGAUUAAAUGAUAAGUCGGAAAGUCGGUUAGAGGAUAGUCCUGCUUUUAAUGAAGGCGAUAAUCGUCAAAAUCGUACAGACCACUCUAUUAUGGGAGGUAACUCGUUUAACAAAUGGAAUUCUUGUUAUAGUAAAAAUAUCCCCGUGGCGAACGUAUCACCAAUGGUACACGGUCACAGUACUAUGCGGGCAAAAACGAAAGCAGAAAUUACUAGAUCGCAGUCAUGUGAAAGUCCUAAAUGUGACGUCGAUUCAAACAAAUCUGUUGACCGGAAACCGUCCAGUAUCAGUGUUAGUGAGACGUUUGGUGAUCUGAAGUUUGAUGAGCGUUUCAUUGACGACGAUGUGCUAGUGUUGGAUAAAGACGACAUCUCAAGUUUUUCAAGAUCGCGCAACAAAGUCAAAAGUUUAAAUCGACAGAAGCAAAUAUCAAGUGAAAAUAAAGUGGAACGUAAAACAUUGCUGUCCGACUGUCCUUUAAAGUCGGCCGAUAACGAGGCUGAUAUAUUCCGCGGACGGAAGUCGUCCGCAUCUAGACCUGUAUCGGCAGACAAAUCUCGGUCGUCUUCGGCUGAGAAAUCUCGAUCCUUGCUAGCGGAAAUCGCAAACUCAGAAGGUUACGUUGCAGAGACCAAAGUCAAGGCCAAGACCGAUGACCUUUUGACCGAUGACCCUGCAAAUCUUGGUCGUGAAGAGAGGGCUUUGUUGAGAGCUAUCAAACGUUUUGAAGAAAUGGAAGAACGAACAGAACAAUCCCCGUCAUCACCAAAACCUGCCAAGCAAUCAAACACUAAACUCAAGGCUGAUGAAAUACGGAGAAAAGCGAGAGGAAAUAAACAGCGUAUGAGCAGGACAGAUCGCUUACUGGGGAGACAAAAAUGGAUUGGAAGGAGAAAGAAGAAAAAGAAGAUCGCCAAACCGAAAGGAUUCAUAGACUUCAAACCAAAGGUGCUUGAGCCUCGGACUCGAACCCAGGCAGCUGGUAAAAAGCCCAUAUACGAUCGUAAUGCCGCUUAUGACAGAGAACUCUCGCGCGAGGAAUGCCGAAAGGCGCUCAAACGACGGGAGCGAUUGCGCCAGACGGCACGCCGAAUUUGUCGUCGGAUGAGUGAAAAACAAGAAAAGUUGGCACAAGAGCGACGUUUAUCGACAGACUCUGUGACGGAGCAUGAUUCGACUGAACCCGGGAAGGAUGAAAACGGAAAUAAAGAUUCGAAGACGGCUAAUUCCGGGACGUGGGAGGUUGGAGACACCAGUUCUGCCCUUAAACAAACCCUUCGAAGUGGAAAAAGUAAAGGCGGGUUGAUGAUGACUUUGUUGUUCAAGCCGAAACAUCUGAGGUUUGGGCGCAGACAUAGUCCAAGGCGCGGCGGAUACCAGUUGAGGACCACGACGCUGGUGGGCGCCACCGGCGCACGAUCAAAGCGCCUAGAGCUGGGUAACAGGCUUGAAGGUGCCAGGCGGCGGGGACAGGCAGCUAGACGGAAACUGAACGACCAACGAAGACAGCAUAGCAUUGAGCAACAGGAACAACAGGUUCCUCCUAUAACCAGCGAUAUGGUGGAGGAUGGUGUCAACGAUUCUCUCUCAUUCGACGAGAGGGAUUUAGAAGACUCCUCGUUUUCUACUAAGACUGAAUUCCCGUCCGAUGGAUCUUCUCAAUUUCCUGUCGAAGUGAAGAAGCUAGCUGUGUGUCGAGACACAGGGGAAACCAUUCUUCACAGGGCGGCUAGAAUGGGGCACACGGAGAUCGCUCUUCAUUGUGUGCAGUCAGGACGUGUUGACGUGAACGUGCGAGACAACGCCGGAUACACGCCCCUACACGAGAGCUGUGUGAGCGGUCACAGGGGAAUAGCUCAUCUUCUUCUGUCUCAUGGUGCAAGCGUCAACUGUUCCUCCCAGGACGGUAUCAGGCCAAUCCAUGAUGCUGUUGAAAAUGACAAUGUCGAACUUGUACGCAUGUUGCUUGCUUUCGGUGCCGACCCGACGUUGUCGACCUAUGGCGGUAAAACUCCGUUAACGAUAGCCCGAACAGAAAGGAUGAAACACCUCUUAGAAGGUCACCUUGGAGAUUUAAAUGGGUUUUCAAGCGACGCGGAUCGAACCAUAUGGACGUGUCCAGCUUUUGGAGGAGAUGAUAAGACAUUCCCUGUAAUAGACAUCUACGCUGACAUUCCUGCUGAUCCUACGGAGGAAGACGAAGGGGAUUAUAUCGUCGACUCACGUGACCCCGAAUUCACGUGUUUUAAACUCGCCAAAACAGAAAACAAAAACACGACUGGGAAUCACGUGUUGUUGAAUGACGUCACAGAUUUUCUGCAGUUAAGGUUGGACGAUGUUCUGACUGAUAAUAGUCUGAAACCUAUGGUUUCAAACGUUUCUAAAACGAAGCUAGCGUCGACAUCUUACGGCCAAAUCCAUCCGGAGCGCGUAUCGCGUUUACCUGGGACCUCUGGAAAAGCCAUCCUCUCGCGAGAUUUAAAGGAAGUGUUUGAUAUCUGUUCAAAUAAAAAAGCAGCUGUAAAAAGUGCCCUAGCCCAGUCAAACUUCCCCCAUAAAUUCAAACAUUACAAGUUACAAAAAGGAUUCGACUCUCGAAUCGAUGUUCCUUCUACAAGUGGGCAUGCGCGAGAGACAACUCGAUUUCAACAAGUCGGUAUAACAAAGUGCAAUUUUGAAGAAGUCAGUUCCAGAAAUGCUAUUGUAACGUCACGUGGGUGUAACAUUAACAUUCCAGCCCCUGCCACAACCUCUGAUUGUGUCAACGUUUCCGAAAGUGUUUACGAUUUUGAUGACGUCAAUGACGGUUUUUCUGACGUCGUCGAUAAUUUUACUAUGAGGAUUGGGGCAGUGCCCGAAGACUUCCGAGUAUUCAACGGUCAUCCGAAUGUCACGGAUAGUGGUAAACAGAAUUUCGAUUCCAGUCGAUAGCCCCCUUGAACCGCCUCUUUGAUUAGGCGAAAAAAAAACGAUUGGACAAGACCAAUCUGUCGGACAUUUAUGCCAGAGAUCCGAUUCAGAAACAUAUCAUGUGGAAGAUUAAAAUCGUCUCCUUCAACACAAAACUUUGGGGGGAAAUCCGUACGUGAGAAGGGAUGUCCAGACCUGAUACUAAAAACUGCGUUUAAGAUCAUGCGUUAAACUUAGUUCAAAUAGCAUGUUCUCCAUACUGCAUGAAUGUUAUCGUUAUCACGAUGAAUAUACAUCGAGCAGAUAAGUCAAAGAGCGAUGUUUUUAAAUGAUAAUAUAACAAAUAUUUCUAUUGGACGAUGUUACGAAUGUUUUUAUUGGCUGGUAUAGCGCACAUAAGAUAAUUGUUAUUGUUAACAACGCUGUUAUUGGAUAAUGUUACGAAGGCGUCUAUUGGGUGAUGUAACAAUAUGCAUGAUAAUGUGUGUGUGUCGUUUUAAGAUUUCGGAUUUGCACUAAUGACGAAAUUAAGUUCAAUGAGAGAUUGAGUGCUUCGACAACUUUGCAUGUGUGCAUUUUCCCAUCCCAUUGAUAUAGUUAAAGUAGUAUCAUGUUGUUUCCUUUUUUGUUUUUUUUUUAAAUAACGGAUAUCUAAAAAAACUUUUACCAUUGAAUGGGUUAUAACAUGUAUGGUGAAACUUAAUUGGAUGAUCAGAUAUGGUCAGUUAUAAACAGAUACUGUACUUACGUUUUAGUUUUACAAGAACGGAUAUUGUGUAUGUGAGUUGAGCGUGUUAAAAAGUUUUUACAAGAAUGAUCUCAGAUAUAUUAAGUGCUUGUGUCGGACUGCCCGCAGAAGGGAAGGUCUGCUUUGUAAAGAUUAUGUUACGACAUGGUGGAUCUCUUAUUAUGUAUAUACAUGUAUAAUAUAGUGUUUGCUCGCUAUUAUUUUCUGAUUUUGUCCCAUCUUAUGGAAAUAUACCCAGAUUGAUUAUCAACAAUCUUCAUACCGGAAUCAUCAAAAUGAAUCCUUCUCCCGGGAAAUGAUUUCAUCUGAAUGAAAAUAUCUUUAUAAUAUUUGUGGAAUAUCGAUGGAGAUUUUUUAAAAAGAUUUAGUUGAAAUUGAAGUCAGGACCUUCUUAUAUUUUAUUUAUCAUUAGAAAACAACGACACCUUUAUCAGUGCCUACUGGAUCGCGCCAUUAUAAUUUCAAGCAGUAGUGAAUUAGAUAGCAAUGUUUCAGGUGCAAUGAAGGACCGGAAAUACCAGAACAGAGGAGUUCCCUUAUAUACCUCCAGUAGUCUCCCUUAAAGCAUUAGAUGAAUCAGUUCUGAAAGUCUGGAAGAAAUGCGUUUAGUCAGGAGGCUAAUCUAUUAACUUUAGUCAGGAGGCUAAUCUAUUAGUUUUAGUCCAUAAAGACAUGAUAGAUAAAGUCACUACAUUAUGAACCAAGUCCGCGGUGUCUAUAUUACUACAAUCAUUUAAACAUUUCAAGGAUCGAACGUUCCGAAACGAUAAUGCCAACAAAAAUUGUAUAUUUAUCAGAUCCGAAAUACACAGACGCAUUUCCAUAUGUAAAAUAUGUUCAAUUCUUAUGUAAUAUUACAGAAACGACUACAGUGGUAGAUCUGUGUUACGACAGAAUACACGGACGGGGCAGUGGAUUUAUUGGUAGGGUAACUUGUGUCAAUUUUAAAAUGUGACCGUUGUGAUAUUAUUGUAUAUUAAAUAUACUUCGUACCUUAGAGUAACAGUAUAUUGUUGUUGAAAAUCGUGAAUUCAAAAUUGUUAAAUACUAGUUAUGUUCCUUGUUUUAUUGUAUCCGCUCGGGGGCGCUAGUAGUGACGCUAGAUUAUAUUGAGAACGAGGCAUUUUGUUUUAGUAUGAUUUCGACAAAAGUCGUUUAGUAUUACAUACCCAUGUGUGAUACGUUUAUUUUAUAAAUAGUUAAUCGUUAAAAGUUGAAGAAAGAUAAAUGUUUGUUUUCUUUUCUGAUUGUCAAUUCUGUACCAGAGUUAUUGUUCCUUACAGUCAGUAUGGUACCGCAAUGCACUCUGGGAGAGAUGGGUGAUUACCUACAGUAAACAGCACCUGUGAUGUUUGAUAUCAAUAUGUUUUAUGAUUAAGCUGUGUCAGUGCUAUGUAAUUGUUUAUGAUAUAUGUACAUACAUUACUUAUCCGGGAUGUGAAACAAUCAAUAAUUAACUCAGUGAAAAAAAUAAUAUAUAAAGCAGUCUUUACAUUUUUGUUACUUUAUUUUACUUAGAUAAGUUUGUUACCGAAAACAUCAGAUCAUGUCUAUCGACAUUGAAUGACGAAGUGAUGACGUCAGAAAUCUCAAGUUUUAAUAGAAAAAAAAAUAAUGGUGCAUAAAAUUCAAACGAAAUUAUUUGUAUGACUUAAAGAAGUAUAGCAUUCUGUUGUGUUUAACAAAUAUGGAUUCACUUCUGAAGGUGCUCAAAACAUUACGUUGUUGCAGAAGGUUAAUUGACGUCAUCGAAAUGUUUCUAGGUUGUUUCACGAUGGCGCUAGACUUUCGCGAGACAAAGACGUCACAAAGAAUUUUUAUAUAAUGGUUGGUACAUAUGUAGCAUAGUUAAACAGAUGUGAUAGGGAAAUGUGAUGUGUGCUUGUUCCGUUGGGUAUGUAUUGUAUAUUGUUUACAAAAUGGUUAAUUAUAGUAUGUUCAGGACGUAAUUUUAAAUAAAUAACGUUAUAAAAUAA